AUGUGUGACUUAGUGGCUACCACACUGGACAGCCUGGUUCCAAACCAGUGGUUCUCAAGACACCAGAAAGGCAAGAGAGCCCUUUCUCGAGGCAGGUUCCCAUGGUUUUGGGGGAAUGGCAAAUGCCUUUCUGCAGUGGCAGCUGCAACCUUCUGCAAAGCAGAAACUGCAGCUCAUAUUCUCUCCUCCUUCCCUCGCCCGAACCCACUACCUCACAAGUCCGCACAAUCCUCAAACACACACACACAACUCCUCCAACCUCGCAUCCCCUCUCACACCCUACACGGGCACGCGGGCCAGGAUGCCCGCUGCUACAGCAACGCUCAGCCCACUCGGUGGCCCCACCCAUUGCAGCCCCGCCCCCGUCCCAGGCACCAAUGGUCACCGCCCACAGCUCCCGAGGGGCCCGUUGAUAGGGCAGCGGGGCCUGCCACUCUCAGGGUGCGUCCCGCCCCCUCCUCACUCUCCGCCGGGGCUGGAGGGGCUGGAGCAUCAGCGCGAGUAGCUGCGAGCAGCCGCGGCGGCGGCGUGUCGUUGCAGUUGCGCCAUCUGUCAGGAGCGGAGCCGGCGGGGAGGGGGCUGCCGCGGGAGAGGAGGAGGGGUCGCCGCGAGCCGGAGGCCGUUGAGACCCGCCCGCCGGCUGGCCGGGGGAGCAGAGGCGAGGCUACCUCGGAGCUCCGCGUCCUCUGCCGUCCCGGCGCGCGGCGCUUCACCGCGCGCACGGAGGGCUCCCCGGGUGCACACAAAGCCGCCGCCCGCGCUGCACCGCCCGGCGGCCGCCGCCCGCGCCAGGGAGGGAUCCGGCCGCCGGGCCGGGGACACCCGGCGCCGCCCCUUCGGCGCUCUCGGAAGGCCCACCGGCUCCCGGGCCCGCCGAGGAGCCACUGGAGCCGCCUCAGCCGCGCCGGAGGAGGGCGGGGAGAGGACCAUGUGAAUGGGCUCCGGAGCCUGAGCGCCGCGCAGGUAAGCGGCCGGGGAUGCGUCGCGGGAGGCCUCGGGGAUGCUGCGGAGACGCGGGCCGCCGCCCCCGCCGCGGGGCCCCGCGCUGCAGUCUCUGGGCCGCCGCCGCCUCCAGGGCGCCCCGCGGGGCUGCCGGGGAGUUGGCCGCGCUCGGAGUCUUCCCGCGGCCGGGCUGGAGGACACCUCUGCGCGGUGCGGCCCGGAGGUAGCGCAGGGAUGGGGGCCCAUUUCCUCGGCCGCGAGCGGGCGCGGGAUGAGAAUGGGAAUUGGCUUGGGGGCGAGGCUGGCCCAGACUCCGCCCCCGCCCUCCUUUCGGGGCCCCCCGCGGGGACCCGGGCUGUGUGUGUUGUUUUAAUGUCAGGGAUGAUGUAAUCACUUAAUAAUUGAUGCCCCGUGCUGCUUCCCUCCCCACCGCACCCCACCCCUGCCCCACUCCUCCACCUCUCGUCCUCCUUCUGCGGCCGUCGCCUUCCCCAUUGCAUCCUCCUGCCUAUUUCUGGCACCUCCCUUGCACUUCCCCCAUCCUCCCCUUCACUCUUCCUGUGCCUCCACCCACCCACCCUUCCCCUGUCCCCCGUGCAGGAGCCUUCGCUCCUCUUCCUCUGCCCCCCACCCCUUCUGCUCCCUCAGGCUCCUUUCUCCUCCCUUCCCUGCUCGCUGGAUUUCCUCUCUACUUCCCUAGAUCGAUGACUGUUUUUGUUUGGUCGCCUCCCCUCUCUUAUCUCUGCGGCCACAGGCGGAGGGGACUGGGCCAGAAAGAGGCCACCGAGCUUGGGCCCAGGCGGAGAUUUGCUGGGACUCAGUGAGAAGAGGGAUAAUAAAAUCACCCUUCUUGCCCCUCCCCCCAUAAAUCACACAGACUCGCCGGGUGUGUGUGUGUGUGUGUGAGUGUGUGUGACACAAAGAGCCCUUUCAGUGCAUAGAGAGGAGACACACAAAGUACCCAAGGAUGGGCGCUGUGCUUCUUGUUUCUCUUCCCUGGGUUUUCCCUUUCUCUCAGAUAUAGCAGUUGAUCUUCUCUCUCAGAAUCUUUCCUGCCACAUUUACCAAAAAA